AUGGCUGGAUCAUUAGCCAGAAAGGCGUCAACGCCUUCGAAGGGACCUGCUUCCUCCACAAAGUCCUCCUCCGCCAAGAAGAAUCGAAGCAUCCUGAAUUUCUUCCAAAAGACCGAUACACCACCGGGCGCAACAUCUCGACAGACCCGUAUCACCCAAUUUGUCGGGUCGUCUAUUCCUUCCACCUCGGGGCUUGCCACGCCAAAGUCUCAACAGGGAGCUAGUUUGAAGAUCGAAUCUUCCGAGGGUCUCUUUCUCGAGGACAAAAAAGGCAUUGCGAAGAUUCAUUCUGAGCGAAUCACGCUGGAAACGAACGGAAGGAGUCGAUCCAAAACACCAGACGAUAUAUGGGGCGACGGAGUCGAUUCACCACGUCCAGAGGACUCUCGAUACCAAGAAGACCAACAAGCAGUUAAGAGACGGAAGGUGGAUUCCAUCGACACCGAGGACCAGGCAUGCCCGGCAAGCGAUCUGCCCAAGGCCGUGAAAUCACAGCCAGCGCUCAAAUCGACCAGUGGGCCCUUCAUCGACGAAUCGGACAGUGACGAAGAUCUACCAGAGUAUCAUGAGAUAGCAGACAAUCUGCCGACUACACUAGCCGCGGCGAAUACGAUAGCAUGCGCACCGUCAGCUGACGAGAAAUCGCACACGAGCCCUCUUGCCAUCCAGCCUCAGCAGUCACCAUUGGUAAGAAACGCAACGAAUGAUGGAAACGAUUAUGAAACCGCGAAUUUUGACGAUGUUGAAGACGGGGAUGAAUUAAUAGGCGAGGAGUUUCGAGAAAGACCCUGGGAAGACGAAGAUGACGAACAAGCUCACGGAGUUCGAUUCGGCAUGAUGAUACCUAACGACUCCCAUGACGCAACCGACUUUGACCCCGGCACGGAGGAAUCUGUACCGGCUUGUCCAAUAUGCCAGCAGGAACUGGCAGGGUUCAGCGAGACAGAACUAUCCGUCCACGUAAACGAUUGUUUGGAUGGCAAGCCGUCGAUCUCGCACGCUCUGGAGACACCCGAAUCAAGCUCAACGGCAUUAUCGCCGGACAUUUCGAACCAGAAGGAUGAGAGUCCGAGCAAAAUGCCCAGACGUCUCGAAAAGGCCGCCAUCGCUCGACCACCUCAGAGCGAUCCGUUUUCAAAGAAUGCACCUGCCGUCCGCUCUGCCUUUUCAAAAAUGAUGGCUGGCAACGCCGAAGACACUGCAUGGGCGGCGGCCGCCGCCAAUGAGGUCUCAUCGCGCGGAAAACAAGCCUAUCAACGUACAUGCCCGUUCUACAAGAUCAUGCCGGGUUUCUCCAUCUGCGUUGACGCUUUCCGCUAUGGCGCUGUCGAGGGAUGUAAUGCGUACUUCCUCAGUCAUUUCCACAGCGAUCACUACAUUGGGCUGACAAAGUCCUGGUGUCAUGGCCCGAUCUACUGUAGCCGACCGACCGGCAACCUGGUCCGCCAGCAGCUCCGGGUUGAUCCCAAGUGGGUGGUGGAUCUGGAAUUUGAAACCCCUUUCGAAGUGCCCAAUACUGGGGGGGUUAAGGUCACAAUGAUCAACGCAAAUCAUUGUCCGGGCAGCUCUCUAUUCCUCUUUGAGAAAACAUUCGGGAACGGUCCAAGCGCUCGGCGGCAGCGCAUCCUUCACUGCGGCGAUUUUCGAGCCUCCCCAGACCAUCUCCAACACCCGCUCCUCCGGCCCGAGUCCAUCGAUACGGUGACGGGCAAACCGUCCCAGCAGCGUCUCGAUUCAUGCUACUUGGACACGACCUAUCUCAAUCCCAAGUACGCAUUCCCCAGUCAGGAAGACGUCAUAGCGGCAUGUUCUGAACUGUGUGUCCGACUGAACGAGGAGUCUGGCGUGGGGGGCGAGCUAGGCAAGACAGCCGGUGGAGUUCUGAUGAACAAAUUUCUGUCAUCCAUCACCAAAAGCGAAUCCACCCCCAAUCAACCAUCCGCAAAGAGCGGGCGGUUGUUAGUAGUGAUGGGCACGUACAGCAUUGGCAAGGAGCGCAUCUGUGUUGGCAUUGCGAAGGCACUGGGAUCCAAGAUCUUUGCCAAUCCGCAAAAACAACGAAUCUGUGCUUGCUUGGAAGAUCCCGAAUUAAGCGCGCUGUUGACGAGCAACCCCCGUGAAGCACAGGUUCACAUGCAAACACUGUUUGAGAUUCGAGCCGAUACAUUAGCCGACUAUCUGGACACUCUAAAACCCGACUUCAGCCGCGUAGUUGGGUUUCGUCCCACCGGAUGGUCCUAUCGACCUCCAGCAGGUCGCAUGCUGGACAACCCCCCCGUACCAACGGUGCUUCGUGGCGAACAUUGGCGGACACCCUUCACGACUGAACAUUUAACGCCGCAGCGCGGAAGCACGCGCGAGAGCGCCUGUUUCGGAGUCCCCUACAGUGAACAUAGCUCCUUUCGCGAGCUCACUAUGUUUUGUUGUGCUUUACGGAUUGGUCGUAUUAUUCCCACGGUGAAUAUUGGUAGCCAGAGGAGUCGCGAUCAGAUGAAGGCCUGGAUUGAGCGAUGGGAGGGCGAGAAGAAGCGAAAUGGUUUGUUCCCAGUCGCCGACUGGUGA